AUGAUGCGCUUACCGAUAGUGGAUAUGUUCCGCAACAUACAGAGACAGCAUAUUUACAUGCAUGUUGAUGUGAAGAGGGAUAAAUGGAUCCUCAUGCUGGUACUGAUCACAACCACUUCAAAUGGGCUCGUACCCGCAAUAACAUCUAUCCUGACAGGUAGAGUUUUCGAUUUACUUUCCAAUAUUAGUAAUUUCUCAAUGCAUACCAUUCUCUCUGAAUUAAGAACGAGAGCAUUUGCGAUCAUGGCUCUGGGAGCUGCUUCUUUACCCUUGAUGUGGAUAUCUCUUUCUUCAUGGAUGUCUUUGGGUGAAAGACAAGGUUUUGCCGUAAGAGAGAAAAUUCUUCAGGAAUAUUUAACUAAACCAAUAACAUGGUACGAUAGUAACGAUAAUCUAUCCGGUGAUUUCACUCAAAUAAAUAGAUGUGUGGAAGAGUUAAGAUCCUCUUCCGCAGAAGCAUCAGCAAUAAUAUUCCAAAAUCUCGUCUCCAUCUUAGCCUUAAUCGGUACUUCAUUUUAUUAUUCAUGGUCCUUAACUUUGAUUAUAUUAUGUACUGCACCAAUAAUCAUUGCGUUCGCUGUCUUCUUCUCACACAUGAUUCAUAAAUAUACAGAGUUGGAGAAUACUGAAACAGGGAAAGCAGCACAAUUGGCCAAUUGGGCUAUGGAUUCCAUUCAAUUAGUGAAACUGUAUUGUACACAAUUUCGUGAAGUUAGGAACUUCAGAGAACUAACUUCUAAUUGUAACGACCUAUUCAUAAAAUGUUGUCUCUACGUCUCCGCCAAUACCGCACUACUAAGAUUCUUAUCAUUGUCUAUGUUCAUACAAGGGUUUUGGUUUGGUGCCACCAUGGUGAGGAAGGGGAAAUUACAAAUUAGCAAUGUGGUGACUUGUUUCCAAUCAUGUUUGAUGCUGGGUUCCACAUUGAGUAAUACUCUUCAAGUCAUAGUUAUCUUACAAAAGGGUGAUGUUGCCUUGAAAAAAAUAUUGGGAUUCCUAUCCACUUCUGUCGAUCAUGGCGCCGAUGAACCCAUCUACGAACCUGAGACGCCUGCUGAAUUGUGUACCAUAGCAUUCAAUAAUAUUACAUUUAGUUAUCCCAGCAGACCAUCCCAUCCUGUGUUAAAAAAUGUCUCACUUUGUUUCGAACCUACUAAAUUUACUUUCAUUAUUGGUAAAUCUGGUUCUGGUAAAUCUACAUUAUCAAAUUUAUUAUUGAAGUUCUAUGAUGACUAUAACGGAACAAUAACAGUAAAGGGCAAUGACGUUAAGGAAAUAAACAGAAAUUGGUUACUAAACAAUGUUACCGUCGUGGAACAACGUUGCACUUUAUUCAAUGACACUCUAAGAAAUAAUAUUUUGCUAGGUGUAUCUAAGGAUCAAUUAGAGGAUCAUGAAUCCAUUGAACAAAAAUUGAAAGAUGCUUGCUCCAUUUCUAUGCUCGAUAGACUAGUAUGCGAUCUACCUCAUGGUUUGAAUACUAUAAUUGGGUCAGGAGGUAUCUCGUUAAGUGGUGGUCAACAACAACGUGUGGCUAUUGCUCGAGCCUUCAUGAGAAAUAAACCAAUUCUUAUUUUAGAUGAAGCUGUUUCCGCAUUGGAUAUAAUUCACAGAGAGUUAUUAAUGAAAAACAUUAGACAAUGGAGAUCAGGUAAGACUACCAUCCUAUUGACACAUGAAUUGAGUCAAAUUGAACCAGAUGAUUACACAUACGUUAUUCAAGAAGGUGAAGUUAAAGAAAAUGGUUAUCAAAAGGAUUUGAAGCAGAAAAAGACAAGCGUUUUUAACCAUAUGUUAAAUCUACAAACUAAUAAUCGUGAUUCCUAUGCCAUUUCUGACCGAACAGCACUUGAAACGCCAAUUAAAGAAAAUAACAUAUUUGCUGAUACAACAAUUGAUUCUGAUUCUGAGAGCCCCAUAAGUAAGGAAGCAGAUCUUUCUUAUAUGUACGAAGAAGCUAGUUACCGGGGUUUAAGUGGGAAGGCUCCAAGCAUUAAGGAUGAGAUUUAUAUCAAUGAAAAGGCAUCAUCAACAGAGACAGAUCUGGAAAAGGGGCCAGAUGACAAGAAGGGGGAAUUUAAAUUGAUGCCAUUAGGUGAAGUGAUGAUGCGUAUGUUAAGGACAAUCAGACAAAGAAACCUACUUUUCUUCGGUAUAUUUUGGGCAUUGAUUGCAGGUGCUGCUAACCCAAUAUUUUCCUUUUGUUUCAGUUACCUACUUAAUGGUAUUGUCCCAUCAGUGGAAGGUGUUUAUAAAUCGGAACGUUACCUCUUAAAAUGGUCGUUUAUUGUAUUAGGUGUUGCUGUAGCUGAUGGUGUUUCCAAUUUUUUGAAGGCGUACAUACUUGGGUAUUGUAGUGAAAAUUGGAUUAUGGAUUUGAGAAACGAGGCAAUGGAAUCAAUAUUAAACAAAGACUUAUUUUGGUUUUCUAAGGAUACAAACAAAUCAUCUGAAUUAUCUGCAUUACUACUUAAUGAUUUAAGAGAUCUAAGAUCUUUAGUUUCAGAAUUUCUAAGCGCAAUGACGACCUUUAUGGUAGUCUCUCUUAUUGGUUUAAUAUGGGCAUUGGUAUCAGGUUGGAAAUUAAGUUUGGUUUGUCUUUCCAUGUUCCCGCUAAUUAUUGCCUUUUCGGCUGUUUAUGGUACGAUGCUUCAGAAAUAUGAAACAACAUAUAAAACUAGUGUUGCCGCAUUAGAGAAUCAAGAAUAUGAAAUUAUGACUGGUAUUAAGACAAUUAGAAGUCUUCAAGCUGAAUCUCACUUUAUUAAAAAUUAUAGCGGACUAGAACAUAAUAUGAGAGCAAUUGCACAUAAGCGUUCCAUUGCUACAGGAUUUGGUAUUUCAGUAACAAAUAUGAUUACCAUUUGUAUUCAAUCCAUUCUUUAUUAUUAUGGGAUAAAGUUAGUGUUUGAAGGUGAAUACAGUUCGAAGAAAAUGUUUGAAACUUUUACAUUAUUGUUAUUCACCAUUAUGACAUGUACAAGUUUAGUGAACCAAAUUCCAGAUAUUAGUAGAGGUCAAAGGUCUGCAACUUUCCUUUACAGAAUCCUAGAUGAAGGUCUUGCUUCAGAUGAAUCCGAAUUUGAAACACAUAGGAAGGCUGAGAUUGUAGCUCCAAAGCAGGAAUCCAAAUCUAAUCCUUUGAUAAAGAUUCAAAAUUUGACGUUUGCAUAUCCAUCCGAAACAAACGUUAAUGUAUAUGAAGAUUUGAAUCUUGAAAUGCAUGCGAGUGAAAAGACAAUUGGGUUAGUGGGUGAAUCUGGUUCUGGUAAGUCAACCCUGAUGUAUCUAUUAACUAAGCUAUAUCAAGUGGCUCCUCAUUCCAUUUACUUAGAUGGAACAGAUGUUAAUGACUGGGGCUUGAUGAAUCUUCGUACCCAAAUUUCAGUGGUAGAACAAAAGCCAACUUUAUUUGAUGGGACUGUGAGAGAGAAUUUGUCUUAUGGUAUUUCAACAGAUAUUUUGGAUAUGGAGCUAUUUGACAUGCUGAAAUAUGUUGGGAUUUACGAAUUUGUUGAGUCACUACCAUUUGGAUUAGAUACAAGAAUUGAUACUAAGUUAUUAUCGGGUGGUCAAGCUCAAAGAAUUUGUAUUGCUAGAGCCUUAUUGAGGAAGCCUAAAAUCUUAAUUUUGGACGAAUGUACUUCCGCGCUAGAUGCACUUAGUGCCAACAUUAUUAUCGAUAUUGUCAAGAAUGGACCUCCAGCAUUACUCACAAUUGUAAUAACCCAUAGCGAAAAGAUGAUGAGGGCGUGUAACACUAUCGCUGUUCUAAAGAAUGGUAAAAUUAUUGAAAAGGGUGGAUUCAAGGAGUUGGUUAACGGUAACGGCGAAUUGAAAAAAAUUAUUGAUCUCCAAGAAGAAUAG